CAAUAAUGGUGGACACGUCGCCGCACUUGUAUGUGUUCUACGGGUCGCAGACUGGCUGUGCCGAGUCCAUUGCCAAGCGCGUGCAAUCGGAUGCGUUGGAGCGCCACAUGACGGUGGCAUUGCACACGUUGAACGAGUUUGAAAAGUCGGGUGUGCUGACACAGCCAAGUGCGACGGUGUUUGUCGUGUGCUCCACCACGGGCAACGGCGACCCGCCGACCAACGCGGAGAAAUUCUGGCGGUUCCUGAAACGCAAAGUUCACCCGACGACAUUGUUGCAGCACGUUCGCUUCACCGUGCUGGCGUUGGGCGACACCAAUUACGACAAGUUCUGCUACAUGGGCAAGAGCAUCCAACGGCGACUGGGCGAAUUGGGCGGCCACAGCUACUACGCCAUUGGUUGUGCGGACGAAGCAAUGGGGUUGGAAGACUCUGUGGAACCGUGGCUGCAUGGCCACUGGGAAAUGCUCGCUUCUACGGACAUGAAUGGUAUUGCAUCACUGGUUGGUCCUGAAGCAAACCAAGUCACAACGAACGACAGCCAUCCAAUCGCCAACACACUCGACCCAACACAAGACGACCAACCAAAUGAAAACAGCAGCAGUACCAAGCUCGGCAGCAUUGACCAUUUGCACAUUUAUUAUGGAUCGCAAACUGGUUGUGCGGAAUCGAUUGCCAAGCGCAUCCAAACCGACGCGGCCGACCACCACGUUCCGACGUCUUUGAGUCCGCUCAAUGCGUUUGAAAAGAGCGGCAUUUUGGGCUUAACAGCCCCGACGCACGUGGUGAUUGUGUGCAGUACGACGGGCAACGGCGACCCCCCCACCAACGCGGAAAAGUUUUGGCGUUUUCUGAAAAAGAAGGCGCAUCCGCCCACGUUGCUGGCGCAUGUGCGGUUUACAGUACUCGCAUUGGGCGACACCAACUACGACAAGUUUUGUUAUAUGGGCAAGGGCAUCCACCGCCGCCUCAAAGAAUUGGGCGGCGAAUGCGUGUACGACAUUGGCUGUGCCGACGAAGCGAUGGGGUUGGAAGAUUCUGUCGAGCCUUAUGUGAUGGGAUUGUGGAGUACCCUCGUGGGAACAACGACUACCACGGCCGUCGCUCCAGCUGCUGCGAUUUCCCUCGAGUUAACGACCGCCACCGUCGCUCCAGCUGCGAUUUCCCUCGAUUUAACGACCACCCCGUCUUCUCCCCCUGCUGAAAGCACCCCCAAACCUCCCCCGUCGGACUACAUGUCGUUGGACGAGGUGACGUUCUUGACCGCGUACCACACAAUGUUUCCUUCCGGGCCCCCGGAUGUAGUGGACGCCAGCCGCCUGCCGCGGCUCCAACCCGCCACUGUGUCGGUCACGUUUGACAACACAACAUUCCACCCGCCAACUCACCAGAGCGUGGGAACGUCGGGUGACUUUAUGGCGACGAUUACCAAAGCCAAAUAUCUCACCAGCUCCAUUCCGAGUGACCGCGUCGUGCUUUGGCUCGAACUUGACACCGCCGGCAUGGACAUGACGUACGUACCGGGAGACUCGAUCGGCGUACGCUGCCCCAACAACCCCGACGUUGUGGCGUACUUUGUCCGCCGGCUCGGCAUCGCCACCGACGACUUGCAUAUCGGGUGUACGGUCCAGAGCAUCAAGAAGAACGCCGCCAGCAAGAGCAGUGGCAGCAGUAGCAACCUUCCGACAAGAUCGCUGUUUCAGCUGCUGACCCACCACUACGACCUUGAAGCACAGGUGAAAAAAUCCACACUGCGGGCGCUAGCCACGUACUGCGACGUCGACUCGACCGACCAGCGAGCGCUCUUGUAUCUAAGUAGCAAGGAUGGCCCGUUGCACUUUCAGAACUUUGUGGAAUCGCAACGCUUGAGUGUGGUGGACAUUUUGCGUCUGUUUCCGGCGUGCCGCCCCCCACUGGCGUCCGUGCUAUCGCUGCUGCCGACACUCAGUCCUCGGUACUACUCGCUCGCGUCGUCGCCCCUUUCAUCCCAGCCCCACAAAGUGCACAUUGCCUUUACGAUCGUCGAAUAUGAUUUGCCAGUUGUUCAAGGGGGUACUACUACCAGUCGGCUUCUCCGUCGUCGGGGCCUGUGUACGUCGUGGCUCCACGCGUUGGCUCGGCCGCUUUUGCACCCCCAAACAACUCCAGUCAACGCUGCAGUGGCCGUUCAAAUUCCCAUCUUCCACCACCCGACCAAGGACUUCACCCUGCCAGCCAACCCGUCGUAUCCGUUGAUUUUGAUUGGCCCGGGCACGGGCGUCACACCCUUUGUAGGGUUCUUGCAGCACCGCCAGCUCCAACGACUCAAACACGUGGACGACAGCGAAAGUUGCGGCACAUGGCGCGGCAACCACGCCGUGGAAUUGGUCGAACAUGCAUUUGAAUUGGGCCAAAUUGACUUAUUUUUUGGCUGUCGGCACCGCCACCAAGACUUUUUGUUUCAACGACACCUUGACUCGUUUAUUCACGAGGGGGUGCUCACCCACUUGCACGUGGCAGCGUCUCGGGAGCAGGAGGCCAAGCAUUAUGUGCAACAUGACGUGGCAGAGCACGGAGCGGCCGUGUACGAUUUGGUCGCCCGCCAAGGCGGGUACGUGUACGUGUGCGGCGAUGGCAUGCAUAUGGCCAAGGACGUGCACGCAGCCCUCGUCCAAGUGUUUGUGGAGCAUGGACACAUGACGCAUCAAGAGGCGGAGGUCGCGUGGAAGGACUUGGCGCUUCGGCAGCGCUACGUCCGCGAUAUUUGGGGCUAACUAGGUGCCCUGUCAACAACAACAACGCAUGUAACAACAUGAUGGAAUAUACUAUCGUGAUGGUUGCCAUGCAAAAUAGUCAC